AUGGAUCCUACUUUAAGCAAAGAGAAGCCUCAUUUUGAGGUUCUGGAGGCCGUCAGCUCAUCCAGUGAUGUUGAUGAUUUCUCCGAUGUGGACAAGAAGAAGGUAUUGCGCAAGGUCGAUAUCGGUAUCCUCCCAUUAUUUUCCCUUUUGUAUCUUUUAUCGUUCAUAGAUAGAACAAACAUUGGAAACGCCAAGGUUGAGGGCAUAGCUCAGGAUUUGAACCUUGUUGGAAACCAGUUCAAUAUGGUUUUGUUGAUCUUCGGUGUAACAUACACCUUGUUCGAGAUCCCCAGUAAUAUGAUCUUGAGAAGAGUCAAUCCACGUAUCUUUCUUCCUGCAACAAUGGUGCUUUGGUCCAUAGUUAUGACUCUCAUGGGUACCGUUCGCAACUAUGCCCAGUUGAUGGUGACCAGAGCACUUCUUGGUGUUUUCGAGGCUUCUCUUUUUCCAGGAAUGUCGUUCAUGUUGUCCAUGUACUACUCAAAGAGUGAAGUUUUGAUUCGUCAAACUCUUUUUUUCUCUGCUGCAUCCAUGGCAGGUGCUUUCAGUGGUUUAUUGGCAGCUGGAAUUUCUCAGAUGGAUGGCUUGGGUGGUUAUGAAGGCUGGAGAUGGAUUUUUAUCUUGGAGGGCUUGGCCACAUUUGUGGUGGCAUUCUUUGCCUUCUUUGUUUUCCCUAUGCACCCAGAAAAGUGCUCGUUCUUGACCCCUAGAGAGCGUGAAUACGUUCUUCACAAGGUCAAGUACUCGUCCAACACUGACGGACAGAAAAUGGGAAAGAAACUGGACAAUGACGAAAGUCAGAUGGUACGUGCCGACAUGGGCGAGGAUGACUCUAAUUCUAGACACUAUGUAUGGGCUGUGUUCAAAGACUGGCAGUCUUGGUGUAUGCUUAUGAUCUAUUAUGGUGUCUGUGCUCCCGUCGCUGGUAUGUCUAUCUUCACACCUAUCAUCAUCAGCGGAUUUGGUCACUCAAAUACAAAGACGCAGCUUAUGGCUGUUCCAGUGUUUAUUGUGGGUACUAUCUUUGGUAUCCUUCAGUCGUUCGCCUGCAGCAGGGUGGGAUUAAGAUCUCCUUUCUUGAUAUUCAACUUCAUUUGCAUGGCAAUUGGAUACACCAUUUGCAUUGCCUUUGAUGUCAGAACACACACAAGCGCAGUUUACGCAGCAUUAUUUGUCAUUUCUCUCGGUGCAUACCCUGCAUUCCCCGUGGUAGUGAUUUGGUUUUCCAAUAACUUGUCUGGUGCUUACAAGAGAGCGGUGGGUAUGGCCUUCCAGAUCAGUUUUGGUCAGCUUGCAACUGUAUACGCAUCCAACUUCUACAGGGAGAAAGAUUUCCCUCAAUUCACUUUGGGUCACUCUUUGGAGCUUGGAUUCAUCUUAGUUGGGUUGCUCUUUGUGAUCAUUUGUUUGUGUGGAUACAGUUACUGCAAUGCAAAAAGAAGGAAGGAUUUGGCUGCUGGUAAGUACGACUCCUUCACUGACGAAGAUUUCAGACGGAUGGGUGAUAAGAGUCCACACUUCGUUUACCGUCUCUGA